GUCGCGUCAGGCGAUACUCUAACUCUCGUUCAUGUACAUAUCUCCGACUUCUAUCCGGGAUAUCUCGCAGGGCAUAGCCAAAGCAUUAGGAUCGACGGUCGAGCGAAGCCUGGAAAUGGAAGUUCAGGCGGCAGACCCCCACAACUCUCCCCCUGUGAUCUUUUGUCGAUGGGACUUCUGUGGGCAGACUUUUGUUACAUACAUAGAGUGGGAGACCCAUUUCGCGGUAGAGCAUAUUGCCUAUGAAAAAGCACAGGAUCUCUCAGGUAGGAAAAGGAGGCAGAGGAGCGACGGGCAUUGGGAAAUAGUGGAAAAUGAGUUUAGCUUACGUCAUCAUUUACCGAUUGAUUUGAACCCUACGCAAGGCACUGGAGACACCACUAUGACUUCGCACACCCUCUCACUCCCUGUUCCCCCGCCAUUUGAUACCGACCUGCCUAUGUCCAUGCCGACGCAUGUCAUCCUCCCACCCCGCUCAUCGCCAGAGGUCGACAAUCAUGACAAUGCCAAUCAAUCUCAUGAGGAUGAGUUUUUAGUGCCUGCAGCGGAUCAUGAUGCCCAAAUUGCUCAGCUUCAUUUCCAACACAAGAAUUCUCAAGGGACCAACGACUCGCAAAACUCUGCUUUGAUGACUGGUGCUUCAAGUGAUCCACGGUUGCGGGACACACCUUCUCCUCCAGGGGCCGUCAGCCUCUUCAUGUCACCUCUAUCAAGGGCCCAAUCGCCAUUCCCUUUGGCCCAGGUGGCACCAACCCAAAUAUCACCCUCCCAUCCUAGUUACGUACUCGUUCCUGAGAGCUCUGGCCCGGAUAUCGCUGAAAAAGACUCAAGCAGAUCUUUCAGAAGAACUUUCACAGGUUCAUUUCAAGGGAACCCAAAUGAGCCAUCAAGUUCUGCCGAGUCAAGGCAAGGCCAUCCCCCUUCAGGACAGCCUACCAAGACACCCACAAGUUCGGCUGAGUCGGCUCAUAAUCAGCUCGCUUCAAGUUCUCCAAACAGGCGGAUAUCAUUGACUUUUGGAUCGGCGAAAGUCUUGGAUAACGCAGAUCAGAGAGAAGUUGCAGCUGUUCAGGAUAAAGGGAUGGGAAAGGGAGGGGUUAAGUUCGGAUUCGGACAGAGCAAGUGAGAUAAGCAUGGUGAUCCGAGGGAACACAUUGUAUAGGUAUACGCAACAUUUGUCUUGGGAUGUAUCUUGUUUUGUUACUCGUA